CCGCGAGCCUCCCAUAGCGAACAUGACCGCGCCAGACGAACCGCCAACAAGCGCCGACCCCUCGAACCCAGAGCUCGACGUCAAGAAGCUCCACGCCCUCCCUUCAGAACAACAGGAUCUCUACCUGCUGACAUUCACCUCGGACCUCGCGCGCCAUGUUGCCUCCCUCGAUGCCGAUGGAGCCUCGGCGCACCAAAUAUACAUCAAGAAGGAGCUCUUCCAGGUCAUCAAUCUGGCCUCGCCCGCGCCCACGCGAGUGAUCCGAACCAACCUGGGACGAGCAUUUGCCGGCAUAUUCGGCAAGGGGGAUCGCAAACUGCUCUUUGAAUCCAUCACUGAGCUAAUCGGUAUACUCAAUGGCACGGGAAAGAGCGACAAGGACGUCCGGGUGAAGCAUGCAGCCGCGCACUGUCUCGGUGCCGUGUUUGAAGCGGCGGGAGACAGCGCUAUAGGAUUCUCUCCCCACGCGGCAAACUCCUUGCUACGCCUGAUCAAGUCUGCGCAAAACCAUACGGGGCUUAGAGCAACUCUCUUCAAGGCGGUGGGGAAAGUGUUCAAGGGGGUUGCGCCUUCGGCUGAUGAGCUCGUCGCAAGAGAUGCGUGGAAGCAGGCACGCAACGCAUGUGCUGGCGACAAGUCUCUGUUGGUACAGACAAGCGCAUGCUACUGUCUCGAGCAGCUUAUCCGACACACGUCCUUCUUCGACAACUCCAACGACUUCGACAAACUGCAGACCGCUAUCUGGAAGGCUAUCGACAGUAGUUCUGCUGCUGUCAGACAUGCGGCUGCCUCAUGCAUCAGCGCUGCGUUAGUCAAGAACUACUCUGAGAAUGCGCCAAUGGAUCUCCCGAUCCUUGUCCGAUCGAACACGUUCAAGAAGAAGGGCAAGAAGGGAACCGACAUGGAUGGCGAUGACGAUAUCCAUGGCCGAUCUGAAUCACCUGCGCCUAGAAAGUCGGCGACACAGCUCUCCUUCACUAUAUCGAGCCUCUUGAAACUCCUUUCCACGCAGUAUGUUCGAACCGCAACUGGCAACCGCGCAAGAGCUGGAAUCACCAUCUGCUACAUGAAGACACUGAGGGGCUUGGGCGAGCAGGUCGUCGAGGCCAAGUAUGCUGAGAUUGCGCAGAAUCUUUUCGUCGACCUUCUCAGCAGCCCCGUUACAGUGCAAAACCGCUAUCGCACCCUCAGCGCGAGGAAGUUCGUCGCAGUCAUCCUCGAAACGGUUAUCGGCCGCGACAUGCUCGGAGAGUCUGGACAAUUGAAUGCCGCGAAAUUCCUGGUCAAUGAGAUACUGAAGGACUACCCUCAGGUGCUGAAGGAACGGCCAGAGCCAUCGAAACAGACGUUGAUUGGAGCACUGAGCGCAUUGGGUUCGCUGUUUAACAGCCUGGGGUCGGCUACUAAUGUUAUUUCCGACUCCACUCGAGAUGCGUUACUCCAAGUGCUGCAACACCCUAGCUACAGUGUUCAGGUGUAUGCUUCGGCCUGUCUGCGCUCUUUCGUCUUGGCCUGUCCACUCCAACUGCUACCCUCGGUGACGAUAUGCAUGAACAGCGUCAAUCGAGAACUAGGUCUUCUUUCUGGUCCGCGAAAGUCGCCUAGGAAGUGUGUUGGUCUUGCGAACGGCCUUUCUGCUGUCCUCAGUACAUCCACAUCCCAACCACUCCAUGGAUCUGUGGAUGUUAAUUCAAGGGUACUCUCACAGGCGACCUCGCUACUCAAGUCGAGUAGUAACUCCGACCUGAGGAUAUCAUCCACACAAAUCCAGGUCGCGUGGAUACUGAUUGGAGGCUUGAUGACGCUUGGCCCUAAUUUUGUCAAGAUUCACCUUUCGCAACUCCUUCUGUUGUGGAAAAACGCACUCCCAAAGCCACUCAACAAGGACAACAUGGUGCAGCGGAAUGUUUUGGAGCUCAGCUUCCUUGCACAUGUACGAGAGUGCGCUCUAGGCGGUAUCUUGACAUUUUUGGAAUUCAACAGCAGGCUGUUAACACUGGAUGUGACGAAGCGGUUGGCUGCGAUGCUUCAAAAUACGACGUUGUUCCUCAAUACCCUGCCAGCCAAGAAGACGACCGACGACAUAUCCCAGCGCUUGUCGCCUGCACUGCAGCUGCAUGACUUUGACCUGAUGGUGCGAAGACGAGUGCUGCAAUGCUAUACCAAGCUUCUGGAACUGAGCCCGGCUAGUAGCAGUGAGGUCUUGCUUCAGACGAAUCUCCUUUCUUUUGCGGUCGCGUCGUUUGCUGAUCCUGAUAAUUAUACCACCAGCUCGUUCAGCACUGCUAUCGCCAGUGCCGCGGGGACAUUUGAGAGCAUAUGGGAAGUCGCAGACAAUCAUGGCUUUGGUGUUACUGGACUUGUCAGGGGUUACGAUAUCAAGCCAUUGCCCGGAGAGCACGAGACUGAAGCCCAGCACCACUGGAUCACUAAACAUGGUUCGGAAGCAAUCGUCGACCGUACUCUCCUCUCACCCAUAUGCAGUGCUCGCGAACAUGAUUCUCUAUUGCUGUACAUCGGCCCGUUUACUGAUGCAACUGAGCUACCCGAUCCUCCAGCUACUGAAGUCGUAAAUGCCGCUUUACAGUUGUUCGCUAUUUGCCUGCCCCUGCAGACACCUAAAGUGCAGGAGAGCAUAUUAGAGCAGAUUACGUCUUUCCUAUCAGCCAGCAGUCUGCAGCGCGACGUUAACAGGAAGACUGCAAUGAUGGUGAAUAUUUCGUACGCCCUUCUUGCCGCGUUGAAGGUCGCCGUCAAGGAAACGCGCUCUGCACCUGGCAGUCUGAAAGGGCCGGCGGUGGAAAAGGUGAUGCAAGAGCUGUUACAUCUAUUCGUCAUCCUUCCCGAUGCUUAUGUUCGUAACAUUGCUGGGGAGGCUCUAGGCCGUCUCUGCAGUAGCUCUGGAAACGCACUCACCACGAGCGAAGUCAGCUACUUGGUUGAUCAGAUUGUUGCGAAUCGCGAACCCAACGCUCGGUCAGGCUAUGCUGUUGCACUGGGCUGUAUUCUUUCCCAGCUUGGCGGGAUGGCCGCCAGCUACCAUCUCAAGAGCAUUCUUGGAAUACUGAUGUCCCUCGGCAACGACCCCCACCCCGUGGUGCACUUUUGGGCAUUGGACAGUCUAUCGCGUGUGGCUGACUCCGCUGGUUUGUCUUUCUCCAGCUAUGUUACCAGCACACUCGGCAUGCUUGCGCAGCUGUAUGCUGCAGAUACACACAACGACGAAUCCUCCUCUUUGGCUUCUUCGAAUAUCGAAAUCGAUCUGCCUUCUCCAGCUGUUAUCGCACGUUGCAUAGACAGCACUAUCAACGUUCUCGGCCCAGAUCUUCAGGACAUGGCCAAGGCGCGCGACAUGAUCAUGACGCUCAUUGGAUUGUUCAAAGUGGAGGAUGAUGAGCUGAUUGGGAUCGAGAGUCUCCGCUGCCAGGAACAUCUCUCCUUGUAUGCUCCGGGUCACAUGGAGUUCUCCGGGUACGUGAAGCACCUUCAGCAACUGGUAGAGGGUGGUUCAACACAGAUCCGAGACAUGGCUAUCGAUGGACUACACAACCUCAUGAGGCGUAACACCGAAGAGAUCAUCCGGACAGGCGACCCAGGCUUGGAAGACCAGCUUUGGCAUGUACUUGACAGUAAUCCUGAUCACGAAGUUGUGCGGAACAUCUUACGUAACUGGCUACAUCAAACUGGCCUGACUGAUACAGCAACCUGGGUCCAGCGGUGCCACUCUGUCCUCACAAAGACAAAGAAGGUCGACACACAAGAAACUAUCGAGUCGAAACCCAAGGCUGGCGCUACUGAUCUGCAGGACGAAGAGGUUGCUGGCUUUGCCGCUGCUUCUAAUGCGCCUGGGACUCAGCCCGGAGAUGCUGCUCAAGUCAGCCAGGAGUUGCUCAAGUGGCAGGUACGAACCUUUGGCAUGGACUUGUUGAGCGAACUCGUCGCGAUGGUCAGUAAAGAGGCCGCCUUCCGAGAAGAGUCGCCUUGCGUACUGGCUUUGCAGCAAAGAGUUGCCGACGUCGUGCGCAUUGCAUUUUCUGCCUCUACGGCUGGUGUGGUUCAGCUGCGGAUACGUGGGUUGAAGAUUAUCGACCAAGUACUGAAGUUGUUUGGCAAGACUCCUGACCCUGACUUCGCUGAAGUGACGCUGCUCGAGCAAUAUCAGGCACAAAUCGGGUCGGCGCUUACUCCGGCUUUUGCAGCAGACUCCUCGCCGGAACUUGCAGCUGAAGCGGUCAAUGUCUGUGCUACGUUCAUAGCUACUGGAAUUGUCACAGACGUGGAUCGAAUGGGCCGUAUCCUCAAACUCCUCGUAUCGGCGCUCGAGAACUUCUCAAGCGAAACAGAGGCUGCGUCUAUUGGUGAUCUGAGAGGCCUCAGCUCGAACGCGCAGGUCAUGGUGAAGAUGUCGGUUUUCUCCGCGUGGGCGGAGCUUCAGAUUGCGAGUGCUGAGCAAACAUACCUCGUCGAUGUGUUGAAACCACACAUCGCCAAGUUAACACCACUAUGGCUUGCAUCACUCCGCGAAUAUGCUCGUCUGAGGUUUGAGCCUGAUAUCUCGUCGUCUAUGGGAUCGGCGUCUUUGUCUGGAAGUCUCGACACCAUAUAUGCAGCGCUCAACCGAGAAACUCUCCUGAAGUUCUACCAAGAAUCGUGGCUGAACUUGGUCGACGCAAUCGCCAGUUUGAUCGACGAAGACAGCGAGUUCGUCUUCGAUGCUCUAGACGGCAAGACUGAGUUCUCUGAAUCGGCUCCAAACGGCAAGGCGGACCACAUCAACUACCGUGAUGAGCCGGUGGCCUUCUUCUUUGUCCUGUUCGGUCUUGCAUUCGAGGCGUUGGCGGGCCGGCCAGGCGAUCUGCAAGCAUCGAAAGAGCAGAUACUGGAAAUUUUGCAAGCUCUAAAGAAGAUCCUCCGACCAUCGGUCUCCGGACAUGCCAUUUAUCAGGAAGUCGUCUUCUCGGAAACUAUGGAUAUGUUGGACCGUUUGGUUCUUACUGAGGGCUUGACUGUGCAGACGACUAUCGUUCAGAUCGCGAGGAAUUUGUGCCUUGGCCAUCCCUCUGCGCGGAGAGAACAAGGCGCUGCUCAUGGAGACGAAAAGCUCUCGGAGGAUAUUGAUCAGCUGUUCGAAUUGACCAAGAUCAUGGUGCUGGUCUUGUCAGGCCUGGUGCCUGGUCUCGAGGACAGCAACACUAAAGCCCGUCAUGAGUUGAACGAAGAAGCCGUCGCACUCCUCACAACCGCACUCGCAGCUCUCGUAGAUGCCGCACAGGUAUUCCCAUCAAUCAUCAAGGCCGAUCUCCACGCCUGCAUCCUCCACAUCUUCGCCACCAUCCUAGGAACCGGAGCAUGUCAAGCCACAGUCGUCCCCCAGUCCCUACCCAUCUUCAAGCGCUUCGUCACCAGCCUGGCCCCCCACGCCGAAGCCACAGAAGACACAAGCCAACAGCUCCGCGCAACACUAACGCGCUUCCUCACCGUCCUGCGCCACGCCCAACACCGCGAAUUCGACGCCGCCCUCGCCUGCGAAAAGAACACCAUCCUCGCAACCACCAUCCUCCUCAGCUCCGCCGCAUCCGCCUUCUCCCCCAACGACCCGCUCGUCCAGCGCUUCGUCACAGACCUCUUCGACUGCCUCGGCAACAGGAUGACAAGCAAAGUCGCCGCAGGAUGCUGCCGCUCGCUGCUCCUCCUCCCCAAAAAGGGCGCCUUUGAAGCUAACCUCGCCGCGCAAAUGCUGCCCCACAUCCUCACUUUCCUCGCCAACCCCUCGGAUGUCGAGGGCCUGGAUGAGUCGCGCUCAACGCUCGCUCAGACGCUCGUCGCUUUUGUGCCUACGCUGCCGGAGGCUAGGCAGCGGCAAGUUGCCUGUAAGAUUAUCAUCCCUGCGCUGCUGGCCCGCGCGCAGAAGGAGCCGCUUGCUGCGCAGGAGACGGCCGCGAGGCUUAUGGAACUCGCGGGCGCGGAUCAGGAGGCGUUUAGGGGUGUGGUCGCGGGGUUGAGUGCGGAGCAGAGGUCGUUUACGGAGACUGUGCUCAAGAGUGGGCAGGGGGCUGCGAGACGGGAGGUUAGGAGUGAGGAGGGGGGUGAGCCGAGGAUUGCGCUGAAGAUGAGCUUUGGGUCGUAG